UAGAAACAUAAUGUCUUAUUUUGGUAAACCGGUUAUACCUUAUUGUGAAGGAAACUCAACAGGAUGUACGUGUCCGCCAUCUUGACUAAGCUAACUUGUAGCGAACAUUUACUACCAGAGAAGACCUUAUUUCUUAACUAAAAAUGGUAUUCACGGAAGUUAAUUUAAAAAAAAUGUAUGGAGAUAAUAUCGACAACCUUUAUCCCUCGCACAGUUUAGAGAGAAAAUGUGUUUUAGUUCGUCACCGCGGAAGUCAUGUUAGCUACAAUAUGCCCUCGUGAAAAGGUUUUUUAGUUGUAGUUCUUGUUAGAAUCCAACAGAGGGCGCUGUUUGCAUUGUUUCCUUUCGCCCUGUACUGUACGCUUGAGGGGGCGGGACUUCAACGAUAUUAGGUCUCAACAUGCUAUCCACACUACCAUUGGUAUCGAACCUAUAGAUAUUCGUAUCGACCCUCCCCCUACUGGUUAGAGGGGAGGGCCCUCAACCUCGAUGACAUAUUCAUCUGUUCGAUGGCGAUCUUGUGUGGAGGGCAUGAGACAUCUCUGCAGAACUGCACAACUCUUGGCCGCCUUUCAGCCGCCUUAUUUUGGUGGGUUGAACUUUAAAGUCGACUCUCUGCUUCGGAAGUGGACAUCUAUUGUGGAGAACUUUAGAACUUGGUGGACUUUUAACUUGGACCUGACCUCUGCAUGCGAAUUAUUUUUUUGCAGCUUUUCUUUAGCUUCAAUGUAAGAAGACGAGCUGCAAGUUUGUUCUCCUGGCUGGAGAAACCUUCCUUUGUUAACGUGGACCACGAUGAAGAUGUGGACUCGAAUCCUGGUCACAUCCGUUUAUGUGAUGUUUGUGGUUCUUGGCAGCACCACAGCAGAUGUCCCUGAGGAGGAGCAGGGGGGCUUCAAUGCUGAGGCAUGGCUUCGGCAGUUUGGCUACCUGUCCCAGGCCAGCAGACAGAUGUCCACCAUGCAGUCGGCUCACAUCCUGUCCCAAGCCGUCAGUGACAUGCAGCGUUUCUACGGCUUGGAGGUGACUGGAAGGAUGGACCCCGCCACAAUCGCGGCCAUGCGUCGACCUCGCUGUGGCCUCCCAGACCGGAAAGCCGACAUGGAGGACGGAGCGAGGAGGAGGCGCUACGCCGUCACCGGACAACAAUGGGACAAGGAACACCUGACUUACAGUAUCCUGGACCAGCACAUCCCGCCCUCCCUGGGAGCCGAGCGGACACACGACGCCAUCCGCCGAGCCUUCGAGGUGUGGAGGAAGGUCACGCCGCUCACCUUCCGACGUCUCCCGGCUCCGAGCGGCAACAGCAGCGAGGGCCAGCUCGCCGACAUCCUGUUGUUGUUUGCAUCUGGUUUCCACGGCGAUAUGUCCCUGUUUGACGGCGAGGGGGGCUCGCUGGCUCACGCCUUCUACCCCGGGCCGGGAAUGGGCGGGGAUACCCACUUUGAUGUGGACGAGCCUUGGACUUUGGAUAGUCCGAACCUUCAAGGCGUCGAUCUCUUCCUGGUGGCGGUCCACGAGCUCGGUCACGCUUUGGGUCUGGAACACUCGGACAAUCCGGAGGCCAUCAUGGCUCCUUUCUAUCAGUGGAUUCACACCCACAACUUCACGCUGCAUGAGGAUGACAUCAGGGGGAUUCAACACAUUUAUGGUCCUCCUGUCGUCACAGAGGUCCCGCCUACGUCUUCUCCCUCCUCCUCGUCCUCUGACGCUGAUCCCGAAGCUGCAUCAACCACCGCUUCUUCUCCUGCUCAGGAUGAACCCACGCAUUCCCCUCAAAACCCGACCGUGAGAAGCCCCGCUGUCCCGACUGAGCCUGAACCCGCCCCCGGCCCCACCUCCCGUCGUCCCGUGGUGCCCACAACCUCCCAUCCUGGUCCCGGACCCGUCACUCCACCCGUCAGAAAAGACCUCCCCCGUCCUCCACCGACUCGUCGGCUUCCCAAGCAGCCGGACGACACCGUGCCUGAGAUCUGCGAUGGAGACUUUGAUACUGUGACCCUCCUGAGGGGAGAGAUGUUUGUCUUCAAGGGUCGCUGGUUUUGGCGAGUGCGUAGGAAGCGCGUCCUGGACAACUACCCCAUGCCCAUAUCCGUCUUCUGGGGCGGUCUUCCCAGCGACAUCGACGCAGCCUACGAACGGCACGACGGCAAAUUUGUCUUCUUUAAAGAUGAUCAAUACUGGAUCUUCAGGGAAGCUGAUCUCCUUCCGGGAUACCCGCAACCGAUUCGGGAAUACGGUCAAGGCGUUCCCGCGCACGGCAUCGACACGGCGAUCUGGUGGGAGCCAAACGGACACACCUACUUCUUCUCCGACGACCGGUACUGGCGGUUCAAUGAGGAGACCCGCAAAGCGGAUCGAGACUUCCCGAAACCAAUCAGCAGAUGGGGCAAGAUCCCUGCCUCGCCCAAGGGAGCCUUCCUCAGUGACGAUGGCGCUUACACGUACUUCUACAAAGGCACAAACUACUGGAGGUUCGACAACCACAAGACGACAGCAGACAAAGGCUACCCUCGCUCCAUACUCAAGGACUUCAUGGGCUGUGUGGGCGUCCCGGAGCCUCGACCCGACCCGGACACCGAGACCAAAACGGCGAAACCUUCAGACAGAGAGGUUGAGGAGGAGAAUGUGCACAAAGGCGAGAACGGAGACACGGAAAAAGAGGAUAAAACAAACACUGACGAUGCGGAGGAAGAGGUGAACGUGGUGGUGACGGUAGCCAACAAUGACUCCAAGGUCAUGACCCUGAUCAUGGUGGCCGUUCCUCUGGUGCUCAUCCUGUGUAUCCUCGUUCUCAUCUACGCCAUCCUCAGGACUCUGCAGAAUAAGGAGACCCCCAGGGCUCUGGUGCACUGUAAGCGCUCGCUGCAGGACUGGGUGUGACGCUAACUUUU